AGCGCAGCUGGGGGUUACCUCUGCGUUCUCUCCGCGUCAGCGGGCUCGCACUCGCCAUGCUUCCCAAGCUGGCUCCUGUUGCGGAGCAGUCCUGUAGCGUGGAGGACCCGGCCGCACAGCCAUGUAGGCCCUCGGUCAAAUGGGAUCUGGAGUCGUCCACAGAUUAUGAGAUCGUAGGCAAGGCGACCACGAGCUCUGCCGUCGCCAGCAGCUCGGACUUCCGGCGUGACAGGUUCGAGCGGCGGCAGGAAGUCAAUGCAGGGUCCGGCCCGCAGGUCAUUUUCCUGCCGCCGCGGACGGCGUACCACCCGGUGCUAUUCAGCCUAAUGAACUGCAGUGAAGCAGCUGUGAAGAAAGUCUUACCCAAGAGUCAUUUAUCUCAGGUGAUUAUGCGUGACAACCUCCAUGCCCAGCGAACCUAUGAGUUGCAGGAGAAAGCUUUGGAGAAGGCCAGGAAAAAGACAAUCCAGUGGUACGAACAUCUGAAAAAAAAGUUCAUAGCAGACCAGCUGAGAAAGAUGGGGCACUGGAGGCAGGAAUCCAUGAAAAUCCAGCCAUACUUGGAUAGCUUGAGGGCAUAUGAAAUCCAUUUGAAAUUGCAAGCUUCUAAGGACAAGCAGACACCCUAGUCAUGAUCUGUCCCAGGGCCAUAAUAACAUCAGUUAGACCAGGGGAUAGCUAGAAGUGAGCCAGCUCACACCAUCAUUGACCAAUAAAUCAGUACAACAGAGAGCGGGAACACACCCUCAGCAAUUAUCAUAUUCUUUUCCCUUUUCCUAUAUUUCUGUAAAAAAGGUUCUGAUAGUCCCACUGGUGCUUGAGUGGAAGAGGUUGAGUGAAGCCAACCUCUGUGAUCAACGCAAAUUGACCUGUGACAGUGCCCAUGUUCCUUCUCCCCUCUCCUUCCCUCCCCUCCUCCCCUCUUCCAUCUUCUUUCUCCUUACAUCUCCCUUUCCCCUCAUUCUUCCUAGUGGAAGGCAGAUAGCUUCCCUUUUCCUAGUCUUUUGUUUACACAAAAACAGUAUAUACUUUAGGCUAGGCUUUAACUCUUAUGCAGUCCAGGCUGGCCUCAAACUCAUAGUGACCCUCCUGCCUCAGCCUCCCAAGUGCUGAGAGUACUGAAGGGCAUGUACCAUCAUGCCUGGCUAAGAAAGAUAAUUCUGUUAGCCCCAUUUUAGGAGUGAGAAACAGAGAGUUGGAUGGUUAGUGAGAAAGACAAACCCGAGUGUGUCUCACACUGAGGCCCAUCUCCUAUCCCACAUGUUAGGACUCUGUCUUUGUCAUUACAGGUAGAAGUGCAGGACCUAGCGCCUGCAGCAGUGGUCCAAUCCUUGAUCUGUUCUCAGCUCCAUGAUUUCACAGGUGGUACUGGGGGGGGGGGCUCAGUUUUAAUCUCAGUUGUACAAGCUCAACUGUUCAGCAUCUGUUUAGCUGAAAUCCAAGUGUCCUUUCUGCCAGGUGACUGGAGAACUUGCCACCAAGUACAGAAUGGAUAGGCUGGUAAGGAAGGUUAGGCCAGGUUAUGGAGAUGUAGCCAAGGGAGAUGCUCCCCUAAUUGGAAGAACAUAGGAUUACUGUACUUAGCUGUUAAAAUAUGUUCUCAGCAUCACUAUCAGGAAAUCUCUGCUGAAUAUCCUUGGUGUCAGAAAGCUCUAGGAUGAAGACGGGAUUGGUAAAUGGUACUUUCUCCUAAAGAGAUCAAUAAUGUUUGAGUCCACCUUCAGUUUCCUGCUGGACACAUACUUGGUUCACUUCACUUUGGAGUACUUGAAAAUAAUCUUUUUGAUCUGAAAAAACUUUCCUGGUGCACAGUAGACUUUGUUCUUUCCCUUUCCAGAUCUUUUCAUGAUCAGGGAAGGAGAGAAAGGAAACUUCUAUUUUCUGAGCACCUAUGGUCUUCAUUUCUCAUAAUACUUGUGAGGCACCAGACUCUCUUAUGCAUAAGAAGACCAAAGAACAGAAAAGUUAAUUUGCUUAUAUGAACCAGGCUGGAGAUGCGCAGGGUAAUCUUCCAUGGCUGCAGUUCCUCUAGUACUCCCGAGCUUCAUUGUGAGCAUAGAGCUUAAUUUCAGCCGUGGCUGGCCUAAAGAACUUCCCUGGGAGGGGUGCCCAUAUGUGAAGUUUGAAGACUUUCUACCCAUAGCAACAGCUGUUGAGCACAGCAGUAAAUAACAGGGUGGAAAGAAGCCCAGGGUAAGGAUCUACUGUAUUUGUGAUUGGUCUUAGUGCCCAGCUGCAGGUAGACAAUAGGUCCAUUACUCGGGCUCAGUGGAUCCAGAGCAGCCUGCCAUUGGGGCUUGGCAGUUGGAAUUAGAGGAGCAAGUUGUCAGGGAGCAAGGGGAGGCAAGUAGCCACCCUAAUUCCUGCUAUCCAUCCAUCCGUCCAUCUAUCCAUCCAUCCAUCCGCUUACCUACCUAUUCAUCCAUCCAUCUGGUUCCUCAAUAGACAAUCAGAAUACAAAGGUGGAGGAAGUUUUGUGGCUUGCUGCGACUCCUCUGGUUUUUCCUGAUUGGUGUGAGCAAGAGGGGUGACCUGCAGCAUGGGAGUGCCUCUGCUCUGGUUCACUUUGAUCUUGGGCAA